AUGCCCACCAUCGAGGAAUACGAUUCAGAUCCCGACGACAUGCCCUUGGAACCCGUCGCACCUUUACCUACCCAACCCGCACCUACGCCAACACUCGCCAAGAAAGCCAAAGGCAACCUCGGAUCCUCGUCGCGACCUCCUCCCUCUGCUGCUGCCUCCAGUACAGCUACUGCGACUGGUGUACCGCGCUUUUCACCGAUAGCCCCAAAGAAGAGUUACAUUGCGGGUAUCGACGGUUUACCGACUCAAAAUCAUUACCAGGUUUUGAAGAAGGAGGAUUAUACGGGGUAUGUUUCGAUCUCUGCCCGUUCAGGACUGGGUGGUGGGCUUUAGAUUGACACUUCCCUCUUCCUUUGGUGUGUACGGGUGGGGUUUUCGUUGAACAAAAGUUGGGAAACGAUCUAUCCCAUCUACAUCGAUCGGAAACGACGCCAGGGCCGCGGGGGAAGGAGGGUUUCAAAGAAGAUCGCUUUGGAGGUCGGUCGAGGAUGCAAAGUGGAGUUUGGAAGGAAAGGUUAUUUGGACUGAAUUUUUGACCACACUUUGCGUUCGUUAGUACCCGUUAGCGGAAAUCAUGGCGCAGGCCUGUGGGUUCUUGGGGGUGGAGAACGUUUAUGAGGUGCGUGACUGCCCCUCCCCACCCUCACGACGAGCGAACAUGUUCAAGACCGUCUCAUCUGUCCAAUCCAGCGCUGAUUUUUUCACUCACCCACUCCCUCAUUCUCCUUUUUCCUCACUACAGCCUCUUCGCGUCCACCCACAAGAUUGGGAGAACCCCGGUCGAGUCAAGGUCUUGCUCAAAAAAGACGGCAAGGUGUUGAACCCACAAAUUCCUACAAGUCAGUGCUCCCAUCCAUCCAUAAUACUUCAUGCACAUCAUCCUAAAGCUUAUCCGGAUCAUCACACCAGAACGACUGCUCCUGCAAUACCUCUGCUCGUUUCUCUCUGUACAUCUGCCCAAAGCAAAAUCCUCCACCACCUCACCGGGCGAGAAACCACCUUUAGAACGUCGACUGCCAGCCUUAUCACCCGCGAUCUCCCACGGCGUCUUGGAUGCUGCGCUGAAAGGGAAGGGUCCUAUGGGUGCUCUCACGGGUGGUGGUGCGAUGGAGGAAGGCAAGGAAGUGGAGGAGGCGCCAGUGGUGGCGAAGAAGGUGCCGCCCAAGAUGCCGAAACAGAGAAGGAUUGUCAAGAGGCGAUGA